AUGGGUCCCCAGUCUUUUCUACCUGUCAGCUCAGGAGCAUCUAGUUCAACUCAUUCAGUAACUUCUUCAACAGUCCCUUUGAGAACUACUGCUGCAACUACAGCAGGAACUCAGAGGUCAACAUCCGCUCCUCGGGCUGCCAGCCAUAAUCGAACUACAUCAAAUGCAUCGAGAGUUGCACGGGAACUACAGAAUAAUUUACUUCCAGCUUUGUUUGCACCUCCCACAGAUCCUUAUCUUCCUUGUCAUUCGAGACAUUUUGCAUCACGUUGGCCUCAGCAACAACAACCACAGCAACAACAACAAUCACAGCAACCACAACAACAGCGUCAACCUGAUACUCAAGCAACCCCCAUUGUGAGUGUAGAAGAGACACUGACAGGUCUAGUGACCAACCUCAUUUCGUCAUUGAACCCUAACAGAGGAAGCCAUGCCUCAACUGCAACGGCUGCCACCAUUUUGAACAGCACUCAAGGCCAGCAGGAACGUGAGCAGUUGGAAUCUCAGGACUCGUCCAGGGCAAGUUCUCAGCAGCAAGAACAGCAACAGAUUGCUCAUUCCCGUCUUACUUCAUUACUUCAAGGAACUCUAGAUAGCUCUUUCAAUCAUAAUGAUGAAUCAAUUGCAGAUUUCUUCAGAUCAUUGGGUCAAGAUUUCAAUAUCGAAGAAGAAGCAGGAUUGUUUUCUGACCUGUUUGCGAUCUUGACUCGUCAGCUGACCAUAUCCGAUUUCAUUGUAAUAUUCCUUGGUAACCAUCAGCCAAUUAGAAAAUUGUACAGCCCACUGAAAUCUUUUGUGAGAGAUAAGAUCUUGGAGGGAAAAGAGGGAAGCGAGGAAAACAUUAGAGCAGCUGUUGAAGGCAUCCUCAAUAAUUUUCACGAUGACAUCACAGAAAUGGCUGGAAUAGUUGUGGCAAGAGAUGACAUUGACUUUGCAGCAUCCACCAGAAUUGCUGCUGCUGAUGAAGAUUCCAUUGAUGAUGAUUCCAAUGGAUCAUACACAUCAGCCUCUGCCAAUGUUCUCGAAAGUAUGGAUGUUGAGGAGGGUGAGCCCUCUUCACCUGGAGUUCAUGAUUUGCCAAAUAGCCACUUGGUGGAUGUACACAAUCCCGGCAUAUCACAAGACAGUGGUGACAGUUACUGGAAAAAUGGAGAGGCUGCUGAAAACGUUGACUGGCAUUCAAUAGUUCCACAGGAAUGGGUGUCAGUUAUAACAGGUGAUGGAGCAAGACAAAGGAGGCAGGCAGCUGAGAAUACUAUGCAAUUGUUCAGUGAGGCCUACCUUAGUGGAGUGCCAAAGAAAAGAAGAAAAUUGAUGAAGGAAAGAUCAGGAGAAUCAUCAUUUCCACCUGGAAGUGAACUUGGCAUGGAUUUGUCUGAAUCAAUCAGAAUAGCUGCUGAUGAAUUGGACAUUCAACCAAUUACAUCAUUUCAAGAAUUAAAUGCCGACUUAGCUUCUAACAACAAUCUUCUAGGGGCUUACAAGGAAGAAAUUAAAGAUACAAUUAGCAAAAAAUUGUCAGAAGAUCCUAAUUUUUCUCCGAAUAAGUAUCCAAAUGCAGAAAAAUACUUUGGUUCAGGAAAAAAAUAAAUCUUUUAUAUUGAUUAAUAUAUUUAACAAUUUACCUGUCGAAACGGACAAACAAAAUGUUACAUUCUAUAUUUUUUGUGGUUUUUAUUGAUUUUAACAUUUAAAGUUGAAACACGUUCGUUGGUUACAUUUGCGCAUUAUAACAUGUAUUGCGUAGGUGUGUGUCCGCGCUGGAGUAGGACCUUUAAAAUACGAUGCUAAUUGUGUGUGCGUGUAUAAAAUUAUUUAUUUUGCAUGAUUGGGACUGGCGUGUACGAAGAGAAAAAUCAUUUUCUUUAUGUGGGGCAUGCUCCUUUUGUCCAACAACAGCAUAAGUACAAGGCUGGAUUGCGCAUGUAUAUAUAUAUAUAUAUAUAUGUAUUUAUAUAUAUAUAUAUAUAUAUAUAUAUAUAUGGUUAAGACUAUCAUCGUAGAUACAAUUAUCAAGAAAUGUCACUGCAAUUUCAGCUUUGAUCAGUUUCUGGUUCACUUUUCAAUAUUUUGUACCGUAUUUUUUCAUCGUAUUUUAACUUAUUUAUACAGAAAACAAUGUAUUUAAGUAUUUUUUUGUUAUCAACCUAUAGUUUAUAUAUAUAUAUAUAUAUAUAUAUAUAUAUAUAUAUAUAUAUAUAUAUAUAUUGAAAAUGGUCAUGGAUUACCGAAAAAAUACUUUUUCUGUAUAAAAUAAAAAUGAAUGAAAAAGUAGUUGAAAACUUUGUUUUCUUUAUAAAUAAGUUUAAAAACGAUGAUAAAAACACGAUACGAGAUAUUGAAAAAUUGAACCAAAAACUGAUCAAUGCUGAAAAUGCAGUGAUUUCUUAACUAUAUAUAUAUGUGUAUAUACUGUCCUAUGCUACACCACGGUAUACUCAAAAAUGGCUGACCCAGUUUUUUGUGAUUAUUCUUGAUUUAUCUUUGUCUCUAAUAAAAUUUAGAACUUUCAAAAUUUAAAACAGACAAAUUUUGAAUCUUUUUAUAUUUGUGAAACGUCAGGCACUAUAUGUUUCAACCAUUUAAGAUCUCAUAGAUAUGUAGAACUACUAUACAAGUGAAGUCGCUUUCAACGUUCAUAUUUAUUUAUUGAUAGAGAUCAUUAUGAAACUCAGAAAAACCAAUAAUUUUAAAAAUGUG